CAGUGAUGAUAUAGAGGAAGGAACCAAACAAAAAAAAAAACGAUUUCUUCAAUUCAUUUAACGGAAUCUUGCAACUCAAAUCUAUAACUGAAUUGGUUUUAGAAGUUCAAAACAGCAAGAGGACUAAAAACAAUAUGAGAGAUACUACAUUGUCUAUAAUUAUGGAAAAACGUAUUAUGUUUGUUUUGUUGACAAUGGCAUUCACAAACCAGGUGGGUGCCAGGUGCCCAGCAGUGUGCGAGUGCCCAGCGUUGCCCGUCAGGUGCCCCCCCGGUGUGAGUGCGGUGCCGGACGGCUGCGGCUGCUGCAAGGUGUGUGCCGCCCAGCUCAACCAGGACUGCAGUCCCACACUGCCAUGCGACCACCAUAAGGGGCUUGAAUGUAACUACGGCAACGAUGUGACCCUGGUCGAGGGCAUAUGCAGAGCCAGGAAGGAGGGUCGUACAUGCGAGUACAAUGGGAGGAUCUACCAAAACGGCGAGGGUUUCCGCGCCGGCUGUAAACACCAGUGCACCUGCAUUGACGGUGCCAUCGGCUGUGCCCCCCUCUGCGACAACAGGCUGCCCCUCGCCACUCCCACCUGCCCAUACCCGCGGCUGGUCAGGGCGCCGGGCGAGUGCUGCUUCACCGUGGACUGCCAUAGAGGAACCAGGCGCCCGCCGGCCACCAAACACCUUCAGAAGCCCUCGCAGGCCAAGCUUCGGCCAGAUAACACCGUGGGCAAUGAGCUGCCGGAGAGGGGACAUGGCUGGGCAAACCAAUUGCCGGAGAGAGGACACAUCUGGGCGAACGAGCAAGGCUACAAGCAUCUGCCUGUGACUAAGUAUCUGGUGGAGAAAUGUGUCAUCCAGACAACGGACUGGUCCCAGUGUUCCCGAAGCUGCGGCAUGGGUGUGUCGUCGCGCAUCACCAAUGACAACGCCCGUUGUAAGACGGAGAGAGAGACGCGUCUCUGUACCCUCCGGCCGUGCGGUGACUUAGCCGCCUUGCCCAAGAAAGGCAGGAAGUGCUCAUCGACCUAUAAAUCCCCGGAGCCAGCGCACUUGUCGUACGGCGAGUGUCAGAGUGUCCGCGUCUACCGGCUUAACUACUGCGGGCUGUGUACGGACGGCCGUUGCUGUUCUCCGCGCCGCGCUCGCACCCUCCCCGUGACCUUUGUGUGCCCGGACGGGGAGCGUUUCCAGAGGGCGGCCAUGUUCAUCCAGUCCUGCAAGUGUAGCGAGGACUGCGGUUAUCUCAACGAGGCAGCUUUGCCACCGCAGCACUGGAUGCACGGAGACACGCACAAGUUCAUCGACUAGCUUGGCCGCGCGUUUAUUUAACCGCGCCCUGGAACACGACUGAGGACAUUCAAGAAGAAAGGAGGACUUCAAAAAGAGCAACCUGGGCCUUUAAGUACUUUUCUCUUUCAGGCUUCAAAUAACUGAACCACACUUUAAAGGAGGCUUUCAUUAGGAACCCUGUAUUACCAUAGCAAACCUCCCAAAUAGUUAAGUGUUUACGUCUGACUGGAGUGGUUUUGACUGGCAAGUGACCCAUCCACUCUUGAAUGUUCCUCUGACACGGGUCUGAAUGGAGGCCCAAUCCCUGUCAGGUCCUAAUGAACUACAGAGAAAAGCAGACGGCAACACAACACAGUGUUGUACCAUAGUAAAAGCAAUAGGAAACUAAAGGCACUGCACAGGGUUAUUGGCUGUUUAGCGUUAAAUGAUGCCUUGACUAGACUGACCAUAGCCGUUUUUUGCUAUUCACCAAACAAAAGAAAAUUACUGAGACGAUUUGGAGCAAGCUUAAGAUGUCUAAUUUACAAGGCUCGUUUUCAUGAUCAGUUGUAAAACAUUUUGCUACUGCGUGCACUUGCGAUCACAUGACCCAGCUGUACAAGGUUUGGGGGGGAUACUGCCACCUCCCACAAGAGCACGGAAAGCGGCGAACCCUGCAGAGAAAGAUUUAUCUUGAGGUUCUGCCAUGAUCAGCCGGACGUCCUUAAGAUGUCCCCUGCUUGCCGGGGAUGACAGAUACUGACUCCAAGCCUGCCUGGGCCGAAGAGACAUGUUGAUGAAGAGACGGGAUGGAGAGUGUAGCCCCACGGGGGGUCAAACAUGAUAGCGACAUUAUUUAUUCUUAUCCAAGAACUUGACACUAUCUCUCUGCAAUGGAGAGAGAACGACAGCCAGUGCAGUUUUAUUUUUCAGAUCAUUGGGACGACGAGCCGUCUAAAAACAGGUUUAUGCAAUAGAUGGUAAUGAUAGAAAAGUGUAUCCCCAAUGGCACACUAUUCCUAAUGUAGUGCACUUCUUCUGACUGAGGCCCACAGGGCUCUGGUCAAAUAUGCUGUCCUACAUAGGGCACACAAUGCCGUUUGGGACACAGAUGGGGUAAUGAAAGAUACGCCAUCUUCUUUUAGCCAACUGACUGCAAUACUAGAAGGAGCUCUGUCUGCAAGUAAGACGUGUUCAGAACGGACUGGACCAAUUUCAUUUAACUUCCAAUGUCCUCUAAUGUCUUACCAUUGGAGUGUCAUCUUCAAGGCCAAUGCUAGAUUUUUUUGGAUAGUAACCCCCCCCCCCAAAAAAAAACAAAAAAACAGUGGGGCGUCAUUUGUUUCUGAGACGUGCAGUUGGCACAUUACUUUAUUUGAAUUAUUAUAAUAAUUUCUCAUUUCUCAUUGUAUCUACGAUCCUGUCUCAUUGUAACAAAUCCCAACAGAAUCUUCCGGCAAGCCUUGCAUAUAGCCAUCUGUGACAAACCAUUUCGCUUUUUUCCCCACAGAGUUCCUCUGAACUGAAAUGAUGGCACAACAAAGACUGCCCCUAGUGUAAUUUGUUAUUUUUCUUCUGAAUAGUAAGUUGAGGCCCUGACUGAGUUUCAGAGAAUACUGGGGCCUCCCUUGUUGCCUGGUGAACUCCCAGCUCCGGCCAAAUGCUGUUUCACACUCACAGAUGUUAUAACUUGUCAAGUAGUCUGGAUCCGAGUACGUUGGAGAUGAUUUCUAGAUCUGGUUGGUCCCAGCAAUGGAUGGACUGGACCAGGGCCAGAAUACUACCGCGAAAGCAACUUUGACGAUGACACUGAGGGCCGGUUUGACAGACACAAAUUAAGGUUUGCCCAGAACAAAAAAAAAGUCAAGCUCGAGUGAGAUCUCCCUUGAGUUUGAUUAUUAAGUUUAGGACUAGGCUUAAUCUUUGUCCAUUGAGAUUACAAUUUCUUUAGAUUUUCCUAUCUCUGCAGAGCUUGUUUUGUACAAUGUCCCAUACUUUGACGUCACUGAAACCACUGCAAUAGAACAAGUGUAAAACUUAAAUACUGUAUGUAGCUAACAAUAGAUAUUGCAGUGAAAGAGUUCUAUUUAAGUCAUCAGGCAAGCACCUUAUUGGCCAGAGGCCCUACGCGAACGCUUAUUUUGCUUAUGUAAUUGGCCAACCCUGAUCAUCUCCAAUAUAAUAUACAUUUUUCAGAUUCAUUCACAAAUGCAGAUUUGAAAAUGCUGUGUUCGGUGUGUUGUAAGAUGUUCCAAAAAUAAAAAAUAUUGUCUAUACAUCUUAAUUGAGGAUUUGAGCCUCAAAAACCUUUAUAUGAAAUGUUUUACAAUAAAACUGUAAAAUACAAUUCUAGAACAUUUACAAAUGAAUGUUUGUCAUAACUGAUCAUGUUCAACCAAGCCAUUAAAAUGGCACCAGUGUGUGUGAGCAAACGCGUGAUAUUAAGCUGACCUGCAUGCUUCAGAGUUUCAGUUACAUGUCAUGUUUUAUUUUAACUUGACUGUACCGUUUCAAAUUCUCUCAUUUGGCAGUCAUUUGAUUAGCUGGUAGCAAGAAGCUGACAGACUUUACGGGACAUUUUCCAAAACACACAGUUUGCUGCUGACUUGGACACUUUUGUGGGGGAUUGAAUUAAUGGGAUAGUUAUUUGAAUUUACAGAUUGGUUUUACUUAGCAAUCUAAUAACUAUAUUCAAUAUGACAGUAUGACUGUAAUCCAUGCUUGAGUUAUUUCUUUACAUGGUCACAUAUCCACUGUUCACACAAAUGGUACCAUUUUAAACAAUUUUGUACAUUACUUCAUAAAUGUUUUACACUUUAGGAUGAUUUGAAAAUGAAGCCAUAAUAAAUAUAACAUCAUUACCCUCACCAUGCAAAACUAAAAGUAGU